UUCCAGCUCAGCAGCGUCUCGUUUCCCGGGGGACCGUAGCAAACCGACAUCCCUAGGCGCCUACGGGAGGCUGGAAAGAGCCAUGGAGCGCUUUCAGGUGGGGCAAAAGCCCACGUUACGCCUGAUGCCGCUCCAACCCCGCCGAGAACCACCGAGCCCAGAACUCCCGGGAGAGGCAACUCUCCUGCUCCUUCCCUCCACCAUGGAGUACCUCUCUGCCCUGGACCCCAGCGGCCUGCUCAGGUCAGUAACCAGUAUGAGCUCCGAUUUGGGCCGUAAGGUCUGGACCUCGGCUCCACCACCCCCGCGACCUUUCCGCGUCUGUGAUCACAAGCGGGCCACUCGGAAAGGCCUUACAGCUGCCACCCGCCGGGAACUGCUACACAAGGCACAGGAGACUCUGACGCUGAGUGGAGUGCUAACACUGGUGCUGGAGGAGGAUGGGACCACAGUGGAGAGCGAGGACUUCUUCCAGCUGUUGGAGGAUGACACAUGCCUGAUGGUGCUGAAGUUGGGACAGAGCUGGAGCCCCAGCAGGAGUGGGGUGCUGUCGUAUGGCCUGGGCCGGGAGAAGCCCAAGCACAGCAAGGACAUCGCCCGCAUCACCUUCGACGUAUACAAGCAAAACCCUCGAGACCUCUUUGGCAGCCUGAACAUCAAAGCCACGUUCUACGGGCUCUACUCCAUGAGCUGUGACAUUCAAGGACUCGGCCCAAAGAAAAUACUCAGGGAGCUCCUCCGAUGGGCCUCCGCACUGCUGCAAGGCCUGGGCCACAUGCUGCUGGGAAUCUCCUCCACCCUUCGUCAUGCAGUGGAAGGGACUGAGCGGUGGCAGCGGCAGGGUCGCCUCCAACCCUACUGAGAAGGGGCUCUGAGCUUCUGCCCCUAGACUCAUUCCAAGAGACAGACUGUAAGGACUGUGACAGCAUCAAGUUUGGGGCCUACACACAGUGCAGGCUCACUAUCCCGCCUGUUUUCCCCAGUCUUCUGAUCCCAUAGUGACAGGCCCAUCAGCCUAAUGCCUUCCACCCCAGCCUAUACCCAUUGCUGAAGAAUACUAUCCAUUCCUAGCCAUCUUUGCAGCCUCCCACUUACCCUGAAAGGCCACAGCCUGUCCACAGGCAUCUGGAUCCCACCCUGAUUGCUGCUACAUCUAGAGGUCCUUACCACUCCCCUCCUGUCCCUAAGCUCCCCAGUGCCCUGAAGAAAGCCCUCUCUAACUUUACCUUGAGAUCUCUAUUUCUUUGUACCCUUCCCACACAAAAUAACAAAGGUGUUUCCAGUAAAAAUAUAAAAAUGUUUAUCAAUAA